AUGGCGGCCGUGGCGGAGGCGGAACUGCGCCGGAUAUUCAGACUUCGGAGAGAGGAGGGCAUACCACGGCUCAGCGGUCACUUCUCGUGGACGGAGCUCCCCGGCGAGCGGCGGCGGUUCCAUCAGCAGUUCGUGUUCGACCUGGCCGUGUUCGCUGCGGAGCGUGGCUUCCCGUGGCCCGACGUGAGCCGAGUGGCCGUGAUGGCCAAAGGCCUCUUCCCACACCUGGAAGGUUUGGAUGCUGCUAGCCUCCCGUUCCUUCUCAACGAUGCUCUGUCAGGGUGCUUGCCCCACCUCACGCCGGUCCACCGGCACGAGCUGACCCGGCACCUCACCGACACCCUCGCCUCCAGUGGGCGGCUGCUGCAGGCCGUCGUGGCGGGGGCUGCCGCCCCGUCCAUCACCCGGGCUCACCUGGAGGUGGCCACGCCCCCCAGACCCCUCCCUCUUGCACAGGUGCUGAAGAGCGAGCGUCGCGGUGGUGACACGAGCCCGUUAGCCGUGGGUUUGGUCACCAGAAACACGUCUUGCACGUGGCCCUUGGAGGGGACCGAUGUGAAGGAAGUGGAGCAGCAGCAGCAGCAAGCCAAACUCACCGCGGCCCUGAAACAGAAGGAGGAGGAGCUGAAACGUCUCCGGGAGGGGUCAGAGGUCAUUCUGGCCGAGAUCGACACUGCUGAAGACAGACGACUGGACAAAGAGGGUGUGUUGGAGCUGGUCCGUGCCUCCGUGAGGGCCAGCGGAGGCCGGAUGCUGGCCAGCCUGGACCGAGAAAUCUCCCUGACGGAGGACCUGCUGGAGCUUAAACUGCAGCACGCAGCCGUGACCACCAGGGGGCUUCAGCGGCCCACUUCUCCUCGCGGAGCCUCGGUCCGCCGUGCCCGCAGCAAAACCGGCAGCAGGAAGGCGAAGGCCUCCCACAAGGCUCAGUAG